AUGAAACCGGAGGCUGAGAUGGGGGCGAGAGAGCGGUUAUUUUUCGGUGACGAUGGUUACACAGCAGCAGUUGGAGAGAAACUGUGUAAUGUCGAGUCUGGUCCGGCGGAUCUGGUGGGUCCGGUGGCUACGGCGAUACCAGAGGGUGAAGAGACGACGGGACAAUAA